GUGCGCCGCUACCUGAGCGAGGCCGGAGAGAAGGAGGUCCUGCGCGUGCUGCGCGAGCAGCAGCAGCGCCACAAGCGCGUCACGUCCGACGAUGUGCGCCUCGCAGUGCGCGCCGUGGCCAGCCAGGGCGGCAGCGUGGCCAUCCCGCCGGACUUCCCGCCGUCGCGCUGGGUGCUCGAGUUCAAGCGCGUGCACGGCUUCGUGCAGUUCAGCAGCUUCACGUUCGGCGCGGCGGCGCCCAGCGGCGGCCACGGAGUCUUCAGGCUGCCUGAGCGCCAAGAGGAGCCGCAACGGCGUAACAGCGGUACUGUUGUUGAUGUGGCUGACGCGAGCCAGAGUAGCGGAAACAGCAGCGACGACGAGAAGGAGAGGAGCACCAGCGAGGAGAAUUAUCACGAAGACAUGCAUGAUACUUCAUCGUCUUCUUUGUCUCCGUCUCCGACUGGCCCCCUCCCGACGUGUGACGACGAGAGGAAGAGAGUGGUGCAGCUCCAGCACAGCUUCAGCCAGCGUCACCGCCAAAUGCUGCAGCAGCAACAGCGCCGCGCCAUGGUCGUGGACGACCGUCGUCGAGCGACGGAUGCGUGGCCUUUGAGGGAGCUUGCAGCAGCAGCAGAGCACGAUCAAGAUGAGAUGCGGUCCGACUGGAGCAGAGGCAGCAUGGACAGUGAGAAUGGCACAACGACGGGGCCUAGUAACAGUCCGCGGGGCGACGACGCAAGCAACGUCCGACCAAGCAUGAACGCGAUCCCGCCGCACAUUCGACACAGCGCCAGUAUGAUGAGCAACAGCGCCGACGACACGCAGGACUCCGUCUCGAACGCGUCCUCGUCGAACGACAAGCGGGGAUACAAGCUGAGCCACACGGUACCGGCCGAGACGUGGGAGAAGGCCAUCGCGGCCGUGGAGCAGCAGGGCAUGAGUCUGCGCGCGGCCGCCAAGCUGUACGGCGUGCACUUCGCGGCUCUGCAUCGGCGCGUCAAGAAGCGUGCACAGGGCGGACAGGCCAAAGGCAGCAACGGAUACUUCCACCCGAGCGACGAGGCCGGCAUCAUGCGCGUGGUGGUGGCCCGCGCGGAGCUGGGCGUGUUGAUGACGUUCGACGAGCUGAUGCGGCUGGUGGAGGCGGCGGCGCUGCGCAAGCUGCCGGACAUCUCGGUGGAGGGGGCCCGGAACCUGCUUACUCGGUUCCAGUCGCGGAAUGAGAACUCGAUUCGCCAUAUCAUCGACGAUUGGCCUCCGCCGCGGCUUGCAACGAAUACGUCUCUGGCGUCUCAUAACUACGCAAGGCACCAGCCUUACUUACAGCACCCGGGCUUUGACUUCGGCUCGAAUGCACAGGGGGGAGCCGCUACCGCUGCAGCAGUAGCAGCGGCAGCGUCGACAACGCUUUUCGUCCCCCCUCACCAUCUAGCAUCGAGCAUCAUCAGCUACCGAGACGAGUCGAGGAAGCCUGCCGCGCGGCUCGUUGAUACGAUGAGGGCAAUGGAUUUAGGAGCAAGGCCUUCGUCUUCUUAUGUCGGAUGUUCGACAUAUUCAGUAUCUGAGCGUCCUCGUCCUCCUUGUGAUGUCUGCAUUGAGGAAAGCGGGUAGCGCGGCUUGCAAUUGAACAGCGAGGCCGUGGGGAUGUAUAAAGCAAAAUACAGUAAAACUUGUAUGGCU